AAGGACUGACAGAUAGAUAUUGCACCAUGCCUCAACGUAUUCGAGCCGCAUAUGUGACAUUGCUGACGAAAAUUGACUAUUUGGCUGGGGUUCUUGUCCUUCAUCAAUCGCUCGAGGCUGUCGCAUCUAGGUAUCCCCUCGUGGUAAUGGUGACUCCCACCGUUACUGAAGAAGUUCGCAAAAUUCUUCUCAAGCAAGGGAUCAAACUGUUCGAUGUCGAACAUCUCAUACCCAAAGAAAGCCGUCAUACGCUCGCUGCGAUUGACGCUCGGUUUAGCGACACAUGGACCAAGCUGAGGGUAUUCGGACUCGAUGAGUUUGAGAGGGUCGUACUACUUGACGCGGAUAUGAUCGUCAUGAAGAAUAUGGACGAGCUGAUGGAUUUACCCUUAAAAGAUGACGAAAUCGCGGCCGCUCACGUCUGCGCCUGCAAUCCGAGAAAGUUCCAGCAUUAUCCUGAGGACUGGAUUCCCGAAAAUUGCGCACACACCAGUGUGCAGCAUCCAUUGGCUCCUCCUCCAUCUUGGUUACCUAUAUGUCCACGACCUUACGGUCAACUCAACUCGGGGACUGUAGUGCUGAAUCCCUCACGUGCUUUGGCACACAAAGUUAUCGACUACUUGAAUACCACCGACAUUAGCAGCUUCGCUUUCCCCGAUCAGGACCUUCUUUCUGCACUCUUCAAAGGAAAAUGGAAGGCCCUCAGUUGGUAUUAUAACGCACUCAAGACUUUGAGGGUACUCCAUCCGCAAGAGUGGGAUGAUAAUGAAGUCCGUUGCCUCCAUUACAUCCUCCCAGAGAAGCCUUGGAAAACGAGAGACUUACCGGCCGACGAUCCGUAUCGUGGAUUGAACUCUUUGUGGUGGGUUAGGUUCGAGGAAAUGGUCAGAAGUUUGGAUGCGAAGGAUAAAGAAUUGGUGAUCUCCACAGUUGUGGCGCUCUGA